AUACCCUUUACUUUCCAAUUAUCAAUCCAGCUAUUGCGUAUUUUCAGAUAUGCAUAGACUUAGGUUUAUGGAGUUGUUCUUUUGUUUUAGGACAAACUUCAAGACACAUUUAAAAACGGAUAACUCAUAAUAAACAAGUGGUUUUGAGAGUUGUUGAACAAAACAAAUGACGCACAUGCGGAAGAAGAAGUAUAUCCCUUAGAAAAGUAUGGAUUCUGCUGACCAAAGUGACCCAAUCAAUCGAAAAGACAGCCAUAAAGGGCAGCAACAACGAUUGCCAUGCGACAAUGAUAGCAAAGAAGGAGCAUCCAGUCGGCUGCAAAGUGAGGACCAACAAGUUUCAGCCCUUAAUGAAUCCAUCGCAGCGCUUUUGCAAGGGAGUUCCCAAGCAGAGGCCUUUGAUUGUAUACAUGCUGCAUUGGACAUUGACUUGGAGGAUGUAAUUCUGACUGAGACACUUAGAGAAAACCUCCAAAAAGUGACUGAUAAGCAUAUUCCGAGUGAUGAAGUGCCGGGACGCCGACAGCCUGGACCUUUACAUUUUGAGGAACAAAUUUCUGAUGCACCAGGAAAACGUGGACCAAACACGACUGCUGCAAAGGGUUCUGAUCGCACCAAGCUUGCAAAAUUAUUGCUGGAAUAUAUAAACAAAAUUGGGGGCAUUGCAAAAGUAAAAAUGGACUAUUACAUUACUCUGCUAAUUAACAACAGUGAUGAAGAGAUGCAACAACAGGUUGACAAUGACCUGUCCAGUUGGAAAAAUGUGCAAAUUGAAAUUGCAAUAGCAGGGGAAAGUGGAUCUGGAAAAUCGUCUUUCAUCAACGCCGUUCUCGGUUUAACAGCAGACGACGAAGGAGCUGCGGCGGUUGGAUGUACUGAAACUACAAUGGAAGUGACGAAAUAUGUUCAUCCAGAGACACAAAAUAUCGCAUUUUAUGAUUUGCCAGGUAUUGGUACUCCAAAAUUUCCAAAAGACAACUAUAUUGAACUUGUCAACUUAGACAAGUACGAUUUCUUUUUACUACUUUCACAACAAAGAUUUAAGGAAAACGAUAUGUGGUUUGCCAAUGAAAUAGAGAAAAGAAACAAAAAGUUUUUCUUUGUAAGAACGCACAUACAUAAAGACAUGCUGGCAAGCAAACAGUCACACCCCAGAUCGCACAACAGGCGGAAGGUCAUUGAAGAAAUAAGGGAAAACAUAAGGAAACACCUUCUAGAUGGCGGAAUACAUUUGAAAAAUGUAUAUAUAGCUCUUAUUGAUAAUUACGAGAGGCAAGAUUACGAUUUUGAAGAAUUGUUACUUAAGCUCGUAGAAAAGGCCCCAGAACUGAAAAAAGAAGCGCUCAUCUAUUCCUUAUCUGAACGUUCUCGUGGAAUUAUUCAGAUGAAAGCAAAAUUUCUCAAAGGCCGAAUGGGGGGAAUAGCUAUUUAUGCAUCUCUUUUUUCUUUAAUGUCACAUGAAAAUCGAGAAGAAGUGAUGAAACUUAUGUUCCAUGAAUGUAGUUUGUAUCAGCAACAGUUAGGGAUUAACACAGCAAGCUUGGAAAUUGAUGCACUUCAACUGAAAGUUGACAAAGAUGAGAUAGUAAAAGAAAUUAAAAUGUCUUCAUACACAGAACACGAUUUGGAAAGUAUAUUUUCAAAAGAAUGGAAGUCAGUCCCUGCUUUAAUCAAACGUAUUCCCAUUGUUUGCAGCAUCACUUGCGCCAUUCGUACAUACACAACUUGUGUUGCCUGUUUGAAAAGUGUGUUAGAGUUGUGUGAAAAAGAUGCACUGGCAUUAAAUGCAUAUCGGCUUUCCACUGGAUUUAAAUAACUGACAAGUACAUAAUUGGCAUUGAGAAAUGUGAAGUGAAUGAUCAUCCGGACACGUUUACAACAGUCACCUGUUUAAACCGGGCACGCCUAUCGUAUUAAUUUAACUGCAUAUGUACGAUAACAAUCAAAUUUCUGCAUUGUUAUAACGAUGCAAUACGUUAAAAUGUUAACAUAAUAUUAUAAGACAGAAGUAAACAAAGUACGGUUUUGCAUGUAAGAAUAUAUUGUAUAUAAUGAUGAAGUGAUCACGUAGUGACGACUUUAUAUCCGUCAUUUUGACGAGUUAAAACACGACAUGAAGCAGUUGUGUCGACGCAUCCAUAUAUGCUUUAAAAUUGUUUUCAUUUUAUCCUAUGUAUAAAUAAUGAAGGCAUAAUAUGUUUUUAGAAGUGUAAUUUGUUUUGUCAUCCAAUCCAUAAACAUUUCCAGGUUUUGGACAAACUGCACAUUUAACUAUAUUUAAUUGUUUCUCGAUUGCAUCGAGCUUUAAAUGCAAUUCAGUUAUGUUAAGAAAUCUUAAACGUGGAGUGUGUUUAUAUUUUAUUAAGUGCAAAUCGUUUAUUAAAAAACUUUGAUAAAAAUAUUUAUUUUACACCGGAAUAUAUGGUUGUGUUGAAAAAAACAGUCGUGCAUUUUAAUAGAACCAUAUAACGUCAGCAAUAAAACUAAAUCUACUACGCAUAUGCUGGCAGGAAAGAAAAGUUGCAGACGCUAGUUGGUGAGUUUGACAAAAUGCGUAUUGACAUGUGGAGUUGUAACAAAUUGAAUUCCUUGCGUAGGUUUGAAUUAUAAUGUUAGUGAUAGUUGUUCAGUCAUUAUUUACCACAGUUGUUAUAAGAUGUAGAAUAUUGGUUCUUCUUUGCAUGAUUAACAAAAUAAAGGCAAACAAAUA